AUGGAAGCCAUUUCCAGCAGACCGUCUACCCCAUGCGGCUUUAUGCCGGCAGAUAUGGACAUCCUCCGCGCAGAAGAUCGUCUUGUCCACUCCGGCAGACUUACCAGAUCCUCUUCUCGGUCCUACCUACGCGUCCCGCGAUCUGCGGCGGUGAAUCGCCUCUUCUUGAACCGCAUCCAAUCUCUUGGGAUCAGUAAGUCCAGAGGCCAGAUGGCGUCAGUGGUGACGGUGACCUCGAGCCGACGGGAUCUCCUCCAGGGAAGGUGCGCGCCGGCUCUCAUCAUUCACCAGAAAGACGGACGACUUCACCUCACAUUCACCUCGAGCGAGAAGGCCGCUCAAAAGCUCCGUCAACACGACUUCCCUCCCGACUUCACCUCUUUCACACUUCAGAAUUACCGCCCACCGAAAACCUUCCGCGACUCUCCCCGAUCUCGAGACUCACCCCGGGUCCCCGCGCCUCUUAUUUUCUACUCCGGACACAAAUCACCAGUCAACACGGAGGGAGAAUCCGACACCAUGGGGCUCCUUUCUGAGAACUUACUCCCCCUCUCGCCGUUGGACCAGAUCGCGCCGCGUAUCUAUGUCCGCACAAUCUUCGCCUUUAACCUCGACGAUGAUCACGACUCGUUGGAUACUCGAAACCAUAUUGCAGAGUGCUUUCGCCGGGCCCUGAUCCGCUGGCCCUUUCUCGCUGGUCAGAUCCGCCCUGCUGCCGAUGACGAGAAGCGUCUCGAGCUUUCAUACAAUCUUGAUCACCGGGCCCUUGAUCCAGCUCGCCGCCCAGAUCUCUUCAACUGCCAAUACCUUGAGGAACUUGGCGGCUAUACCUUCGGCGAGCUGAUUGUCCUUAGCAUGCCCCCUUCAGCCAUGGAUAAAGACAAGCUCUCACAUUCACCCAACCACCCCAAGCCAGGAGAAUCGUGCCCACCGGUGACUCUCAGGAUCACCGAGAUGGAGGGUGGUCUGUUUCUGUGUUUCUCAACGCAUCACGGAAUCAUGGACGGUUGUUUUAUCAAGACCUUUCUCGACUACUUCGCCAAUAGCACAGACAAUGACCUUGUUCUUUCCCAGGUCGAUGGUUCAUACUUAUCAGAAGGCCCAGCGUGGGUGAAAGAACUCGAACAACGGCCUUGUCUGGAUUCGUACCAGAAUCUCGACAUCAAAGGCGUCACAUUCCCAGAGUACGACUUCACGAGAGACACAAAGAGCAUCAUUCCCAAGAACAAAGCCCCGGGAGCUGUCUGCAAGAUGUUUAGCUUUGACAACUCAACUAUCCAAGUCAUGAAGACUCUGGCUGAUGACUACGUCAAAGAACAAUACGGCAGCAAGGCCUUUGUCACUACAGCAGAUACCAUUUCUGCCAUGGUCUGGGUUCACGUUACUCGCGCACGCCUUCCUCACCUAUGCUCGUCCGACAAGACAAACUUCACCUUGACCGUCGACGCGCGCCCAUCUCUUUCUCCUGCCUUCCAACCCACGGCCUGGGGAAAUAUCUACACCCAAACCGCCGCAUCAACCAACGUCGCCUCCCUCGUCCAGCUUGACGCCCUCGGCCUCAUGCCCGAGGACUCCCUCACUGCCAUCUUCGAGGCAGCCUGGAUGGUCAGACAAGCCAUCUACAAGGCCAGAGACCCCGACUACGUCCCCUCCCGCAUCGCCCUCGCCGCGUCCCUCGAAGACCCCGCGAUGGAAGGAGCGGCUUUCCGCAAGGCGAAUCAACCAGACCACGCCGGGCUCGGCUGCAGCGUUUGGUACCACAUGGGCGCCGACGUCGACUUCAAGAUUCCGGGUACAGGUGGCAAGGCGGAUUACGUUCGCAAGACGUGGUCUGCGAACGACGGAUCGAUGAACAUCAUGCAGAGACGCGGCAUGACGAAGGGAGAGGCACCGUGGGAUGUGCUGCUUGCUCUUAGGGAGGACGAUAUGGAGCGUAUCUGCGGCGAUAAUGAGCUUGGUCGCUGGACAAAAUCUUGGAUUUCCUGA